GAACUGUCGUGCAGUGAUCGGUGUGGUUAUGUGGUGAUCAUGUCUUCGGUAAUGUGGGAUUUGGUGCCGGUCCGUUGCCGCUGGAUCGAGACCCUGAGACAUUGCGGCAAAACGCUCCUGCGCCGUCAACGCAAGAUUCUAAGACGUAUCAAAAAGGUGUACCUACACAGUUGGCGCUCCGCAGACGAGCUGAACAUGUUGGUGGGUGCGAAGGUGGGCGGCGCCACGCCGCUGGUGAUCGCCUGCAGGAACGGACACUACGACGUGGCCGAGUACCUCAUCGAGAGGUGCAAGGCCGACAUCGAGCAGCCUGGCUCAGUGACAUUCGACGGCGAGACGAUAGAGGGCGCCCCGCCGCUCUGGUGCGCGGCGGCCGCCGGCCACCUCCCCCUCGUGCGCCUUCUAGUCCGCGCUGGGGCGUGCGUCAACUCGACCACGCGCACGCACAGCACGCCGCUUCGCGCCGCCUGCUUCGACGGACAUUAUGACAUCGUCAAGUUCCUAGUGGAGAGUGGGGCAGAUAUAGAAAUAGCGAAUCGGCACGGCCACACGUGUCUAAUGAUAGCGUGCUACAAGGGUCACAUCCGAAUCGCCAAGUACCUGCUAGCGCUGAACGCCGAUGUCAAUAGGAAGAGUGUUAAAGGCAAUACUGCACUACACGACUGCGCGGAGAGCGGGUCGCUACACAUACUCAAGAUGCUGUUACAACACGGUGCUACCAUGGACGUUGACUCGUACGGUAUGACUCCACUAUUAGCAGCCUCAGUAACCGGCCACACACACAUCGUAGAACAUUUAAUUAACGCAGAAAACGGCCUGGUCACACGACAGCAAAGGAUCGACGCUUUAGAACUGUUGGGCGCCACAUAUGUUGACAAGAGGAGGGACAUGGUCGGAGCGCUCGCGCUGUGGAAGAGGGCGAUGGACGACCGGUUCCCAUCGGACGGCAGUCCUUCAAUCCCCAAGCCCAAAGACGUGCCCCGCAUCGAGGCGUACGAAUGGGCCGCGGAGCCUUGCGACGCUGCCGCCCUGAGGGAAUUAUUAGCUGACCCCGACGCAAUGAGGAUGCAGGCGCUAGUGCUUAGAGAAAGAAUAUUAGGGCCAGCGCACCCGGACACGUCGUACUACGUGCGCUACCGCGGCGCGGUGUACGCGGACGCGGGCCGCUUCGCCCGCUGCCGCGCGCUGUGGCACCACGCGCUCGACAUGCAGCGCGCCGUGCUGCCGCCGCUCAGCCCGCUCACGCAGUCCAGCCUCUACUCCUUCGCCGAGCUGUUUGCGUACAUGCGCGCCGAGCGCGCCCGCCCGCCCAACCGCGGUCGCAUCGUCCCACCCGUCACAUUUGAGGACAUCGACCCAGUAUUCAAAAAGGCUCUAUCAGAAAUCCACCGCGGCAUGGAGCUACUCAAGUCAAAGCUUAGCAUCGAUAGGGAGCAGACCUUAACCACGCUACAGCGCGUCUUAGUAAUAUCACUACACUUAGCAGCUUUACUGGCGAGGCUAUUGGAAGAACCGGAGUGUACUGAGGAAGAUUCUAGGGCCAUACAUCAAGCUGUAUAUUCGCUGGUCAAGUUGGAUAUCAAGGUGCGCGCGGGGCGGUCGGCGCUGCACGUGGCGUGCUCGGCGGAGGCGGCGCGCGCGCGCGCUGCACGUGGCGUGCUCGGCGGAGGCGGCGCGUGGCUGCCCGCGCCCGGCGACGCGGCGCCGUGCCAGGGCGCGCUGCUGCAGCUCAUGCUGCGCCUCGGCGCCGUGCCGCACGCGCGCGACGCCCGGGGCGACACGCCGCUCCACCUCGUCUGCAAGCUAAACCCGUGCCCGGCCGACGUGGUCCGCUCCCUGCUCGAGCACGGCGCGCACAUCGACACCGUCAACUAUGAGGGCGAGACCCCCGCCGAGAUCCUCAAGGCCUCCAACCAGACCCUCGCCUCCAUCAUCAACCCCCUAAAAUACACCACGCUCAAAUGCCUCGCCGCGCGCACGGUCAAGAACUACAAACUACCCUACAGACAUGUCGUGCCGCAGUGCUUGCAUUCUACCAUUAUCAACCAUUGAGCGAACCGAAGCUGUGAGUAUCGGCUACUUUAAUGCGGAAUUCUGUACAUUAGCAGCCUUUAGA